AUGGCGCUCGACUAUGAUGAUGCUCCACACAGCUACUCUGUGGAAAUCUCCAUCACUGACGGCAUCAACAGUGACAGUGCAGUCGUACAGGUUGAAGUCACCGAUAUCAAUGAUAACAGUCCUGUGUUUACCUCCAGUUCUGUCACAAAAUCUGUUCCAGAGGACGCAGACGUAGGAACCAGUAUUACUGCAGUUCCAGCUACAGACAAAGACAGUGGCUUCAACAAGGAGAUCAGAUACUCACUGAGAGAAGGAUUGGGGAGGUUUUCUAUUGAUCCUGUGUCUGGGAUGGUAAGUGUAGCUGCUGUUCUUGACAGGGAGACCCAGGCAGAGUACGACCUGCUGGUGGUGGCUGAAGAUCAGGGUCGUCCAGCCAGAAACGGAGGCAGUGGUACAAGCUUGCUCAGCUUGUCAGCCACAGACUCUGAUGAAGGCGCCAAUGGGAGAGUUACUUACAGCAUUACCCAGCAGAGUCCUUCAUCAGAAGCUGCUGUGUUUGCGUUGGACUCCUCCAGUGGGACUCUGCAGCUGGUCCAGCCUCUGGACUACAGCAAGGUGAAGGUGUACAAUCUGAAGGUUCAGGCCUCUGAUGGGGGGACUCCCUCUCUAGUUGGGAGCGGCUCUGUGGUGGUAAAGGUGAAGGAUGUGAACAACAACCCACCAGAGUUCAGCAAGGAAAGCUAUGACGUCUCCAUCCCUGAGAACCUGGCCAGUGGUGCAUCUAUUCUGACUCUGGAGGUGACUGAUAAGGACGAGGGUGGAUUCUUAAAUGGCUACUUCCGCUACAAAAGUGAUACUUUUGACAUUAGCAAUCACGGCAUUGUCUCAUUGAGGAAAGACGUCACCUUGGACAGAGAGAAAACAGACAGCUACAUAUUACAGGUUGUGGCAGUAGAUCAGAUCACUAACGGUCUGAGCUCCACCGCUCAGCUCAACGUCACCAUCCUCGACUUCAACGAUAACGCUCCACAGUUCCCAAGUAUCCCUGACCCCCUGUGGAUCCCUGAGGGCGACUACUCAGAGGAAUCUCAAGGAGAAAUCUUCACCAUCGUGCCCACAGACGCUGAUCUCGGUGCCAAUGGAGAGGUCGUCCUCUCCCUCCCCUCCCCACAUCCACUCUUCAGGUUCAGAGAGGACGGGACGUUGCUGGCUGUUGGUCCUCUGGAUCGGGAGAGCAGGGACGCAUAUGACCUGGUUGUUAAGGCUUCGGAUAAAGGCGUCCCUCAGAGAGAGACCAUCACCACCAUCAGAGUGAGCCUCUCUGACGUCAAUGACAACAGACCUGAGUUCAGCUCCAGCAGCUACGUCAGCAGCAUCCUGCUGAAAGACGCAGAGGAAGGGAAGCUGCUGCUGACACUGUCCGCCACCGACCGAGACAUCGGGGACAACGGCAUCAUCACCUACAGUUUCUCUGCAGGAAGCUCUCCAUAUUUGGCCCUAAACAGUGACACUGGAGAAGUGACUUUGACCUCUGACCUUGCUGAUAUAACAGAAGACACCACGGUGGUGCUGACAGCCAUGGCCAAAGACCAAGGCCAGCCUCCUCUCGACUCCACGGCUCGUGUUGUGGUGAACCUGAGGGUUGUCAGUCUGGUGGAGAGCGUGGCCUUCCAAAGCUCCUCCUACAACUUCAGUUUACCUGAGAACCUGCCAGUGGGGGCGACGGUGGGAAAGGUCUGGGCCUCCUCAGGAAGCAACCUUUACGACGUGGCCUACGCACUGAAAACGUACACUGACCUGUUCUCCAUCGACACCAGUGGAGCCAUCCUGACUACUGCACAGCUGGACAAAGAAAAGCAGGAGUGGUACAUCCUGGACGUGGAGGCUGUGGACACACGGACUCCCCCUACAACAGCAAUGGCAACGGUCAGUGUUCAGGUGGAGGAUGUAAAUGAGCCUCCAUACUUUCCCCCUGAGGUUUAUGAAGCCUCUGUGUUAAGCAUUGCCCCGUAUAAAACUCCUGUCAUCACCGUCAAGGCUUCAGACCCUGAUGUUGGAGAGGAGGGUCAGCUGAUCUACAGUCUGUCAGCUGGCAGCUCAUACUUUGACGUGGAGGCUUCCUCAGGUCAGGUGUACGUGGUGUCAGCAGCAGAUGUGGAUGGAGACACAGUAACAGUGGAGGUGAAGGCCACAGACCCCCAAGGACUUUUCGCUACGGUCACGGUGAAGGUGGUGGUUCAGGGAAGUGCGAGCAGCAAUGACGUGGUGACCAUCUCACUCAAUCAGCCUGCUAAUACUGUGGAGAAUAAAAUUCCAGAAUUGGAGAAUGCUUUAGGUAAAGCUCUGGGCUGGACAGUGAACAUCAUCCAGGUGUCCAAUGCUAACAGAGGAGCCACUAAGUCCCGAAUGCUGAGAAACUCUGUGAAGACUUUGGUCAGCUUCAUCACCGAAGAAAAUGGAGAGACAGUUUCCUCUCAAAAAGUCAUAAAGAAACUGCAGAGCAAGUCGGAUGAAGUGAAGAAGGAGCUGGCUCAAGUGUUUGCAGACAUUGAUUUUGAUGUUGAGAUACCAAGCUCCGGCUCCGGCUCCAGCUCAGCGGUCAUAGCUCUGGCCGUCAUGUUGGCCCUGAGCAUCCUGGGAUUGAUCUUUGCUGUUAUCUUCAUCAUCAUCAGGUUCAAGAGGAAGGGCAAACCAGAGGACAAAGAGAGACUUUCCUUUAGCAGUCACACGAACUGGUCUGUGAACAUCACCGAACCAUCUGAGCGGAAAGAGACGAGGAGUCCAGAUGACGAGCAGCAGAAGACGGACAGACAGACAGAUGAAGAUGGGACGGACAGGGACAGCAUGACGGAUAAAAAGCACAGAGACAGUGACAGUAGUGGAAGCCAAACUUCUUAUGUCUGACCUGAACACAGCAGCUUUCUGUCAAACAGUCUGGAGUCUGCAGCGCCACCAGAAUAAUCACACACUCUAAUUAUUAGAAACAAGCUGCAUGAAGUCAUUUUCAUUCUGAAAUGGCUCAGAGCAUCACAAACUAAGCUUCUCUAAAGCUGUUUGCACACAAACCUGUACUUCCUGCUUUUUGUUCUUAGAUAAUAAGACUCUGCUUUAUUUAUUUCUUCAGUGACUGCUGAGGUUCAGAUCUGAGUACCCAUUGUGUGAUGUCUUCAUCUUUAAAGUAACUAAAGGAAGAAAAAAGUAUUAAAUGGAAAUAUUCAAGUAAAGUUCAAGUACUUCAAAACUGAAUUUAAUUACAGUAUAUAGUAUGAAUGUAUUUAAAUACUUUCUACCACUUCUCAUCCGUUACCCGGCAAUGUCACUAUUCAUUGUUGUGUUUCUGUCCCCCUGAUUAAUUAACGUUCACUCUCUUUUAGCUCUGUUUUUGUUCUCUAACACCUCCUGAGGGGAAUAUCUGGCUCUUUAACUGCUACAUUCUCCAUCAGCUAGUUUCUAAUUUGCACGUCUGCUGUUUGCUGCUAAAAAUGAAGCUACUGAGCACUGAGUUUUCACAUCAUUUCAUGUAUUAUAAAACAUCUGUACUAGUAGCAUCAAAUGGAGAUCACAAAAUGUAAUAAAAUGUUUCUUUCCCGUCAGAUGGGGUUAUCCAUAUAUGUAUUAACGGUCCGUGUACGGAUCUGGUAAUUGGAUUUUCCGUUCUGAAACGGGUAUUGAAAAACAAAAAACGAGUGGUUAUUUGAUUUUCGUUUUAAAAUACAAAAAUUUAAAUUGAAAUACAAGGCGGUUUUCCUUUUCAUGAUCAAAAAGGGAUAUACGAUUUUUUUUUUUAAAUGCUUUGAUUUUCGUUUUAUAUUUAGAAUAACAAGAAAGUAAAAUCAGUAAGAGACAGAAACGAAAAAAGGUCAGUUUUUUCAUUUUCUGAGACCGGAAGUGGUCAUCAGCAAGUGUGGAGCCAAACGACAACAAGAUUCUCAGAGGGCGGAGCCAGAGAGCAGCGAUUGGUCAGACCAUAGAUAAUAUAGAAGACAGCGCGCUAGCGUGUCUAGUCUAUGUGUAUCUAUAUGAUCGGAACGUCUGGUAGCUUGUGAUGGCUGAUCGAGGCUUUGUUGAAGCUUCGACACUUCAUUCAAAACAUGGUUCAUUACUCGAGACACACAGUGCUCGAGUAGGACAUCUAGUGGUCAAUAAAAUGAAGUGCAAUCAAGACGUGGUCGUUGGUUCAUGGAUUGUUUUGGAUUUGAUUCGCCAUGCACACAUUCCUCUUUGACUACACUAGAUGAUUGUAUGGGUUCUAGUGGACACAAAAAUAAUAUUACUAGUAAUAAUAAUGACAAUAACUAUUGAGCAUGUUUCUUAUUUGCCAUGUUUGUCUGUAACCCUAUAUACUCUUCACUUAUAUUCUGUGUUAUGAAACAUUUAAACGGUGCUGCUACAUUCAUGCUCUACAAAUACAGACUGAUGUCAUUUUCACAUGGGGCUGGUGCAAAUAAAGAUUAUAUGGAUUAUUAUGGAUUUUGGCAAAGUAUGUCUUGGGGUUUAUUGGUAAAGAGGUCAGUAAAGAGGGUGUGUUUAUAUAACUGGUUAUGAGUUUUUAUUGAGAAAUAAUUUAUCAACAGUUUUGGGACUUGCUUGUGCUUGUGACAUAGAUGACUGCUGCUUGGCAUUCUUUAUGUUAAUUGUUGUGCAUUCUGUUAUUAAACGUUCUUUCACACUG